AUGCCGCUGCGCGAUAUCCUUCACAAGAAGGACAAGAUCAACGACUCAGGGAGUCAGUAUCCGCCGGAUGUACCCUCAAAUGCUGUUCCCGAGAUUAAAUUCAUUCGAUCCGAUACAAUUUCGCAUGAGGUUAUUGACCCAUCGAGCACUGGCGGUGACGUCAGUGAGCACCGAGGCGACCAUGGUCAAUCGGAUCUCCUAGAACCAUCACGACCAUCUUCCUCGACGCAUCGAAGAUCAUUGAACAUAUUCAGCCGCUCGAGGUCCCCGUCUGAUUCUUCAGAGCCAGCUUCGCCGAGUCGACCGCGAGGGGAACACCGGUUAUCGCAAUUGCUGCAUCGCGAUCGGGGCUCGCGGCGUGCUAGCUCGAGCUCAGUCAAUGUCCCGUCGGAUCUUCCGCAGAUUUCGGACGAUAAAGUCGACGAGCAAGAAAGGGAAGCACAAUGGGAGAAGCGAGCGACGAUUCUGGCGCAACAGAGCCCGCUUGCUGGAUCGCCAGCAGCAUCACUUCGUUCUUCGCCGAAUAGGCUAGAGACAAACAGUGCCGGAGGAGCGCGGUCAAGAAGUUCCAGUCAUAGUCGGAUCAAUGAUCCAGAAGGCGAUGUCAAUAUUCAAGAGGCGAUUCGUCUACACGAGGCUGGCGAGCUUGAAAGGUCCACAGAAAUGUUCCGCCAACUGGCAGAUCCGGAAGGUGCGAACAACGCUUUGAGUCAAGUGCUCUAUGGACUUGCGCUGAGACAUGGUUGGGGCUGCCCUCAAGAUCCCGACAAGGCCGUUACAUAUCUCUCAGCCGCAGCGGCGAAUUCCGCAUCAAUUGAGUCUCAAGCACUCCAGGCAGGUAUGAAAAAGGGAGGCGCUGCCAAAGGAGAGCUCGUACUGGCAAUCUUCGAACUGGGAAAUUGCUAUCGGAAUGGCUGGGGCGUCAAAAAAGACCCGGUAGCUGCCCGACAGUACUUUGAAACAGCGGCCAAUCUAGGCGAUACAGAUGCGAUGAACGAAGUCGCAUGGUGCUAUCUUGAAGGCUUUGGGGGGAAGAAGGACAAGUUCAAGGCGGCCAAAUAUUAUCGACUGGCCGAAGAAAAAGGGAACAAAAUAGUAGGAAAUUCCUGGAUCUGGAAGGAGAAAUACAACCCCAAAUGA